AUGGAAGUUCAGUGGAUGAGAAACGUAGAAGAGAUAUUAUUCUUUCUUACGGUGCAACGGACAUAUGAGACACUAAAGCCGAUCAUCUAUAAGGACCUAGCAACCUGUACACAUGUCUUCGUGAGAAAUGACACAGUUCGAGCACCCCUCACUGGGAAGUACGAUGGACCCUACGAAGUUUUAAAGAGAUAUGAAAAAAUAUUUCAAGAUAAAAACGCCUCUUCGCACUACUGUGGUAUAGCUGGGCAGGCUCAAGCCCGCCUUCAUAUGCAGUGA